CACGGGGUGUUUGUCGCCUGUCUUAUUACUUUAUUAAAUCAUAACUUUACAGCUAUUUGUCCACUAUGAGUGAUAACGAGAAGGAAUAUGUGGAGCGGGAGUCCCGCUCCAGGAGCCCGAGUCUGAGAGGGUCUGCGAAAUCGAACAGCUCUCCACAGCCAUCUAAACAUGCCUCUCGCCAUUCUCGAUCCAAAUCACGCUCCCACUCUAGAUCCAAGUCCAGGUCUCGCUCCCACAGGGGCUCACGACGCCAUUACUCCCGCUCUCGCUCACGUUCUCACUCUCACAGACGUCGGUCUCGCAGCCGCUCAGACAGCCGGGAGUAUAGACGCAGCCGCAGCCAUAGCCACUCGCCCAUGUCCUCCCGGAAACGACAUGUGGGAGACCGGACAAAUCCUGACCCCAACUGCUGCCUGGGUGUGUUUGGGCUGAGCCUGUACACCACAGAAAGAGACCUGAGAGACGUCUUCUCCAAAUUCGGCCCCUUAGCCGAAGUCGACAUCGUUUAUGACCAGCAGUCCCGCCGCUCACGUGGUUUUGCUUUCGUCUACUUCGAGAACAAAGAGGACUCUAGAGAGGCUAAAGAGCAAGCUAACGGCAUGGAGCUGGAUGGCCGCCGUAUCAGAGUUGACUAUUCCAUAACCAAGAGAGCACACACCCCAACACCUGGUAUCUAUAUGGGACGACCAACCUAUGGAGGAAGACCCAGCACAUACUCUAGACCUUCUAGAGAUUAUGACCGGGGAUCUGAUCGAGGAUCUGAUCGAGGGUGUGAAAGAGGAUACGAGCGAGGAUAUGAAAGAGGAUACGAUCGCUAUGAUGAACGAGACUACUACAGAUCUAACAGGCGCAGGUCUCCUUCACCCUACUAUAAUCGUGGAGGGUACAGAUCUCGUUCUCGCUCAAGGUCUUUCUCUCCAAGGCGUUACUGAAGAUGCUGGGUUUACCGUGUUCCUUACAUGGAGGCAGUUCUGCUCUUCUGAAUGCUGAAUAAUGGAAGGAUGGGUUUUCUUUACUUUUUUUCCAUGUGACUUUUAGUCAUCAAUUUUAGACAGUGUGCAUGUCGGUUUGUUUAUUGGUGUUUCCCUGCGAUAAGCUGUGUGUUUUCUACUUGUGUUAUUAGACCCCGCAAGAUGUGUGUAGUUUGAAAAAGUGCUAUGUUUAGUACACUGUUUUUUCUGAACUGGUGUCCUGGAAGCAGUCGGCUUGCUUCAUCACCACUCGGGUUAAAUUUAAGGGUAUCUAAUAACUGAGACUCGUGUGCUUCUGUAGAACAGUUUUUGGUUCAGCCCUAAUUCUCAUGAGGAAAUUUCGCUUGAUUGGUUAGUUGUAUGAAAAGCCAGAAUGAGAACACACUCGUCUUAAAUAUUUCAUUUUUGACAAGAUACUGCAAUCAAAUGUCUGAUAUUUAUCUGAUUCUGUUAUACAAGUUGAAGCUUUGAUGGUGUGGUGAAGACACAUUUACACUUUACAGUUUCUAAAAGCGUGAAACUUACUGGAUUUAAAAGGUUACAUUUUAAUUCCAGUUUUUGGAUUUUAUUUUUAAUCUUACUAGUAAUUGGUGUGUCUCCAUUCUGAGGUACAGUAAUACUCACGAACUACUGCUGAGAAACAGUGAUACAGAUGUUCGAAUGGAAUCUCAUGUAAAUGGACAUCAUGUUUUCCAUAGACGAGAAAUAAACAGUAUUUUAUAACAA